AUGGCAUCUGAUAUUUCUUCAGUUACUAAUGAGAUGAUGCAUACUAUUCAAGCAGCCAACAAGGCUUUUGAGUUUGUAUGGUCGAGCAUUGCAAAUACAGCAAAAGAAAUAAACGCUCCAAAUGUUCUAGAAUACGCUUCACGUAAAACAAUUUCAUAUAAUCCGAACAAUCCAGAUAUAUUUCAAACUGAACCUGAAUUAAAGCCAGGAACUCAAAUUAUAUGCGAUAUUAUGACUUCGAAUUUACAUGAAGUCAAUAGUAAUGCAAAUAACUCUGCAAGCUGGAUGAUUCUCGGUCAUUGUUAUUUAAUGAUUAGUGAUUACGCUAAUGCAUACUCCUCUUUUUCACAUGUAUUAAGAAUUAACAACCAAAUUCAAGAUCCUUAUUUCUGGUACAGUUUCGGAUGUGUUUAUCAGCAUUUCAAAUACUACGAUGAUGCUUUAAAGUUCUUCUUGAAUGCAAAAGAAAUAACAAAGAACCCAGCCUUAGCUCCAGAUUAUCAUCUCAGAUUAGCUUUUAUCUACAGAGCAAAAAAGAUGUUCCCGAACGCAUAUGCAGAACUUGAUGCAGUACUGAAUAAUCCACCACCAAAUCUUAAGCCUGACGAUAUUGUUUUCCAAAGAGCUUUUACACUAUUAUUAGAAGGCCAAACUGAUCUUUCUCUACAAGAAUUCAAGAGACUCGUCAAAAAAUAUCCAAAUAAUCUUAAAGUUUUACAGCAAUAUACUUGGAUUUUAUCUUUCAGAGACGAUAAAGCUUCUUUGAACGAAUUACAAGUCGUUAUCAGUAGCCAUCCAGAGUUUGAUAAGGAUCCACUCCUCAAAUUCAUUCUAGCCCGAAUUGAACUCAAUAAUUCCAACAUGGAGUCCGCCUACAAGAAAUACUGCGACAUUAUUGUCGAUUGGUGCGAUUCCGCCCUCUUCUGGUGCGAACUCGGAGUACUUUACUGCAAGAAUGAACAAUAUCAAGAUGCAAUUGUUGCUUUUCAGAGGGCAAUAUACCAAAAAGCUCAAAUCCCUGAGGCUUGGCUCAACUUUGGCCUCAUCCUCGAGAAGCACCAUGACUUAGAUUCCGCAAAAAGACUCUAUGAAACAGGAAAACAGACUUGUGAGAAUUCCCAGAAGAUCCAGGAGCGUUUGGACAAACUUAUAAAGGGCCAACGCAACAAUGUUAAUGAUGAACAGCCGGAAGAAAUCAGAGAUCCGAGAUUUUUCCAACAAAUUGGAGAUAUUCAAGAACUAGGUAUUAAUAGGACGCCGCCAAAGAUACCUACAUCAUGCGUUACAGCUAAUAAAGAAUUGGCGAAACAGAUAGAAACUCUAUCAAUGAAUUACGAAUCAUUGUUUGAAGCAUAA